AUGCCUAAUAGAUUUAUUCAUGUUGCGCGAACGCUUAAUCUUUACUCAUCAUCGGCCCUUGGUAUUGAUGGUUAUCUGCAGACACGUAAAAGAACCAAGGAGCAAUUUUCAAAUUUUACAGAAACAUUCAAAGCUAAGAUGACUGAUUUUGUAUUACAACCAAAAAACAUGAUUUUCACAGAAGAUUUAAAAAACAUGGUGCACAUGGCUGAACCUCAAGAUCUGGAUCUUGUGCUAAAUAUGGUUAAAAAGUUCAAUACCCAGAAUACUGAAUUUAGAUUUGGUUCAUUCAUAUUUGGUCCAGUUGUCAUGAGAAUGUUUUACUUUUUAGAUGCACCAAAUGAAGCAUUGAAGUGUUUUGAAGAUCCAGAUAAUAAAGGAUUUUUUGAUCAACUAAUUUCAUAUCAAAUAUUGCUUGACUUACUUUACAUUCAUGAAAUGUAUGAAGAGAUGUAUGGUGUAUUUGAUAAAGUACAAGAGAAACAAUUGAAUAUGACCAAGUUCCCCAAAUAUCCACUUACUUUAAUUUUAGCAGCUUGUUACAAACAAAACACAAAAGAGAGUUUAGAGUAUGCUUCUAAAAUAUGGACGGAUAUGGCAAAUGUUGGAACUGUACCUUUAAGAAGAGCUUCCACCUUAUUUGCUGCGCUUGCUUUAAAUCAGGGUGCCCCACACAUUGCAUUGGAGUCUAUAUCCAUGCAAAAACAACAUUAUGUAACAAUAAGAAAUAUUAAGGCCGUUGCAUUGGCAGAAAUGGGCAGAGUGGACGACGCGUUACCAGUAUUAAGAGGCGUUUUGGAAAGCGAUAGCCCUGAUCAAAACGGCAAACACACGUUUUUUGAAGAGACAAUAUCCAAGAUUCGUUCUAUUGUAGAGAAAACAGAAAACAAAGAUUUGCAGAAGGAAUUUGAAAAUAUUGAGAAGGCACUCAGAGACCGAGAUCUUAUAAAUGAUCAGACUAUAGAUCAAUUGGUGACUUCGGAGAUUGUGAUAAGUAGCAAAACACAGACGAAGCCUCGUGGAAUGCUGCAACUACCCUUUGGCCAGCGACAAAGAAAAUUGAGUUUGGAAAAAAUAGUG